AACUUUUCUAAUGACAGGGAAGUUGCUAGGCAUUUUGGUCAUUCAAACUCAUAUAGUAUACAAUUUUUGUUGUAAAGCAAGGUUUUUUGAUGGGUUUGAUACCUUUAAAGCUAGCCUUUCUUAUAACCACCUACAACAGAAGAAAGACGGCCAUCAAAAGGAAAAGGAGAAACUAAGAGAGUGAUUCAAGGGAGAGAAUAGAGGUUGAAGAAGAAGCAAUGGCAACGCCAAAACAGUUAUGGGAGCAGCAGAAAUUGCAGAUGCAGCUUGUCAAUAAGAACUCCGGCGCCAUUGUUAGUUACACCGGAAGUCCGGUUGAUGACAAGGAAGAAGAGAUGUCAAGGUCUGCAUUGGCUAUUUUUCGUGUCAAGGAGGAGGAGAUUGAGAGGAAGAAGUUGGAGGUGAGAGACAAGGUCCAGGCUCAGCUGGUACGAGCUGAAGAAGCGAGUAGGCGCUUAACUGAGAUUCGUGAAGAGCUUGAAUUACUGACAGAUCCCAUGAGAAAGGAAGUUGCAAGUAUCCGGAAGAGGAUAGAUUUAGUUAACAAAGAUUUAAAGCCGCUGGGACAGAGCUGCCAGAGGAAGGAAAAGGAAUACAAGGAAGCCGUCGAGGCUUUGAAUGAGAAGAACAGAGAAAAAGCUCAACUACUUUCAAGAUUGAUGGAGCUUGUUGGUGAAAGCGAGAGACUGAGGAUGAAGAAGCUGGAGGAGCUGAAUAAACAUGUUGAAACUCUGCGUUAAGAUAUGAACCGUGUGCUAAACUGCUAAUCAUUGUGUGGAAAUGUGUUGUGAAUGUGUGCCUGCAAUUAGAAGCUUAACUGUUUUCUUGCAGUUUUGUGAUUUUUGAUUGUAAAUUUCACUGGCUGUGUAUUCAUGAAGAAAUUAAGGUGUAAUUUCUUCCGUUAUGUACUUCUAAAAUUUGGUAGACUUAUGUAUUUCUGUCACUGUGUGUGCUAAUGAAAAUCAUGACUUGA